AUGGGUGAUCAGUUUUUGUCGUUGAAAACAUGGAUUGAUACGUUUGACAAAAUUGCAUACAGGGUCAAGAGAUUUGGAGAUGAUUGUGGGCCUAUGUGUGGGCCCCUCAGUGGGCCUUGCGGAACCACAAAUGACUGGGUUUCUUACCAAAAGAUCCCAGCCGAAUCAAGAAGUGAUAUUCAUAAAACUCACCGGUUACCACUGGCAGGGGCAAGACGGUAA